UUUAGUAAAUUAGCAGCACUUGAGAUCACUAAAAAAAAAGAAAAAAAUACAUUAUCACAAGUGCGGGUCAUUAUAGAAAAUUGGCAACACUUGAGUUUAAGUGCGGGCUUUGAAACUCAAGUGCGGGCUCAUUUCACAAGUGCCGCACAAAAGUUUCUAAAAUUACAAUUGCAAAAAAAAAGACAAUUCUAAAAUUAAAGAAGCCUCAUCUUUCUAUCCCUGAUUCUUCUCCCUCUUCACCUUCGUUUUCUCGUCGUCGUCGCUUCCUCACUGCCAAACCUCUUCGUCGCUGCGUAGUUGUUCAUGGAUGUUGUAGGGUUGAUUGUUCCAGGAGCUCCACCCUCCAUCUCACUUGUCUCUGCGCUCUCCCUCGUCUCCAGUCUGUACCGCCGCCGCCAACGGUGGUCCUGAAUCCAAUAUCAACUAGGCAGAGAUGAAGAAUGAACCAGAAUCUUCGAGUUGCCCUAAUUUGAAGAAAUCGUUCAACUAUCCUGCUGAAUUCAAGUUGCCCAUGUCAACUAGUUCCAUGGUACUUAGUCUCGUGGUAGUCUACAGAGCCAUGCAGGGUUGCAGCAGCUGGUGUGGGUGUUUAGGGCCGAAUUGUGCUUUGUUCUGGUCAGCAGUAGAAGGAUGUUGGGUGUUGGUUAUAGCUGGUUGCUUAAACUCAAUUGCAAGUUUGCAAUGCUACCAGAAAAAGGGUCUUUAAAGUUAGAUGUCGCAAACGCAUAGCUGCUGAUUGUUGAGGUUUAUGCCGAUUCAAAAGCAGAUUGUUGCAAACUCUGUUGUCCAAAUGAUUAUUGCGCUGGCAUUCAUAAAGAUUAGCUUGCUUUACGUGGAGCUUAAGAAGAUUCACGAGGUCAGAUCUCUUUUCGGAGUCUCAGAGGAUUCAAUAAACAAUCCAAACCCGAACCCGGGGUAUUCCAGAUGCUUGCACAUAUCUUUUGGCUUUGAAGGAGAUACGACUCAAGGUAACAAGCUGGUUGACAUGGUUCAUAUUUCUUUUGUGCGAAAGCGUUAUCCAUCUUACACAAUCUGCAAUCUCGACAAGGCGAUCAUCCACUAGUGGAUGAUCGCCUUGUCGAGAUUGCUGUAUCAACAAAUCAAGAACUUCGUUUUCUUUCUAUGCAAGGUAGAUGUUUCCAACCAGUUAUCAUAUUUCGUAAAGCGCAAAGCAUGCAUGUUCAAUAAAUUGAAAAAGUUCCAACUUGACACUUUUGUUUUUUUUAAUGUACUUUGCUUUUGGUUGGUAACAUCUUACUCUUUUUUCUCACGGGUUCUAUAGGUGUUUGCAUGACAUCUUCGCUAUUUGGUAAAUAUGAAGAUGGGGACAUCGUGAAUAAGUUACAAGAGAUGUAUGAGGUAUAUGGAAUUUAUCUAUAUCUAUUUAGGUAAAAGGUUUAGAAUAUCUAUUUAGAUUCAUUCGUUAAGAGUUAAGAACGAAAACGACAAUUUUAGUCAAAAUAAUGACAUAUAACAAUCAAACGACCCUUAAAUGUGCAUAACUUGACCAAAUUAGGUAAUAAUGAUAAUUAUAAACAUAAACCUAAGUAUAUUAAACAUGUAAAAGGUUUAGAAUAUCUAUUUAAAUUCAUUAGUUAAGAGCUAGGAGCAAAAACGACAAUUUUAGUCAAAAUAUGACAUAUAACGAUUAAACGACCCUUACAUGUGUAUAACUUGACCAAACAAAGUAAGAAUGAGACUUAGAAACAUAAAACCAAGUAUGUUAAACAUGUAUAUGGUUUCAAAUACCUUUUUAGGUUCAUUAGUUAAGAGUUAGGAAAGAAAACGACAAUUUUAGUCAAAAUAUGACAUAUAACGA